GAUCGCAUCACGCUGUUUCUCUUUCCACUCACAUCGACUUUUGACGUCUUCAUUGACCAAUAACCAGAAUGGAUGCAGCAACAGAGAGAGAGUAAGCGACGUCGAAAAACAUGGAUUCGAAUCCUCUUAUAAGUGCCAUGGACCCGUCCAUCACGCUCUGGCAGUUCCUGCUGCACCUGCUGGAGGACCACAGCCACCGGCACCUCAUUUCCUGGACGUCCAGCGACGGCGAGUUCAAGCUGCUGGAUGCCGAGGAGGUGGCCAGACUGUGGGGGCUCCGCAAAAACAAGACCAACAUGAACUACGACAAGCUCAGCCGGGCGCUCCGCUACUACUACGACAAGAACAUUAUCAAGAAAGUGAGCGGCCAAAAGUUUGUGUACAAGUUCGUCACCUACCCCGACCCGACGGCCGUGGAUGGGGUGCGGGUGGGGGAGGAGUCACAGCGGCAAGAGAGCCAAUCGGCGGACGCCAACCUGGGCAAGCCCGCUGGGGGCGGGGCUCCGGCCAGCCUAUCGAAGAGCCUGCAGGUGCAGCGCUCCUCCCCCAGCUGCGUCCAGCGCAGCUCCCGAAACGACUACAUGAAGUCGGGGCUCUACUCCACCUUCACCAUCCAGUCCCUGCAGACGCCCAAGGCCCAGAAGCCCAUUAAGACCGAGCUCUCGCUGCCCCUGGACGGGCUCCCCAAAAUGAGCAGCGCUGAGAAGGCUCUACCUGAGAUGCGCGUGUGCCCGGUGGAGGGGCGGAGCUCUCUGCUGGGGCGUGGCUGCAUGGAGAACAGCCUGCAGGUGAUCGUCACCCAGCCCUCGCCCUGCGCCACGCCCGCCCUCAGCCCCCAGACGCCCUCGGGCUCGGCCACAGGAAGCUCCGGCGCUCAGGUACAGAAGGUCCCGAGCGCGGGAGACCCCCCUCAGAUCUACCUGACCAGCGUGUCCGACCCCGGCUCCCUCACGCCCCUCAUCCCGCUGGCGCCCGUGGCCAACCCGGGGGCGUCCGGCGACUGCGUGGUCUCCCCGUCCCAGAGCCACCAGGUGUUCGUGGUCAUCAAGCCACCCGCGGCCAAGGAGCCCGGCCUGCCGUCGGAGGAGGAGCUGCUCGAGUUCGUGGGCCUGGAGAACAAGCGAGUGGAAGAGGUACCUGAGGCCACCAUUGUGCCAGCGGGGGGUGAAGUUCCCCCCUCGGAGGAAAUUCCUCCCCCCUGCGUUGAACCUGCCACCCAGCCCGUGGGGGAGGGGGAAGGGGACGGGAAAGACAAAGCAGAGCUACCAGAGAACUCCGUGACCCCAGCAGUCGCCCUUCCCGCCGCCACCACCCCGCAGGAAGCUCAGCCGCCAAAAGCCAAGAAGCCCAAAGUGCUGGAGCUGCCCUCGUCGCCCACCCUUCUACCCCCGGGCCUGUCGCUGGACAAGGCCAACGCCAUGGUCAACAGCCUGCUGGCGCCGGGCAGCGCCACCAACACGCUGACGCCCACGGUCAUCACCUCGCACGCGCUGACCCCUGUCCUGCUGACGCCCAGCCCCCUCCCGUCCACCAUCCACUUCUGGAGCACGCUCAGUCCCAUCGCUCCCCGCAGCCCGGCCAAGCUCUCCUUCCAGUUCCCCUCCAACGGAAGCAAUCAGAUCCAUAUCCCAGCUCUCAGCGUGGAUGGGCUGUCCACUCCGGUCGUGUUGUCUCCUGGCCCACAGAAGCCCUAGGCCAUGGCCUUCUUCAUUCUCCCUGCCCCAUGGGGGGGGGGGGAGGCGAAGGCGUGGGGGGGUGGGUGGGUUAUGGUCACUUCCCAGCUCAGCCUAGGGACCGUCAGACAGGAAGUAGCCUAGGGACUGCCAGACAGGAAGUAGCCUAGGGACUGUCAGAGUAGACGGACGGGCGGCACGCGUCGCCGCUGGAGCGUUCGGAGCGGGGGGCGAUGCGUCCAGUGCCGCCGUCUGAAAGGCCCGUGUGCCCGCUGGCACAUUGUGCCCCCCCCCCCUGCUGGUGCCCACCUCCUGUGCCUGAGUGGUGGAAGAGGGGCACACCGGGGGCUUUUACGGCACUGCGUCCCACUGGCGGUCUUACCUGCUCUAUGUCCUCUGCGGCAUUUCUUAUUAUUUAUUAUUUCUUUUUUUCUUUUUUUUAUAUCUAAGCAGUAGAUAUGUAAAUGCGUCCUUCUCUCUCUCUCUCUCUCUUUGUUAUUGAAACUGCUGGGUUUUAUCAUCCUCCGGGGCUCUGAUCGACCUUGAAAACGGUGUCUUUACCAGCUUUUUUCUGUUUUGUUUAAAAAAAAAAAAGUAUAUAUAUAUAUAUAUACAUAUAUAUUUUUGGAGGAGUAUUAACAUGGAAUGCUUUUAUUCUGACAGUUCUCGCCCAUUCCAUCGUUUCUGCCAUUUUGUUUCUUUGAUGGUAUUCAGAUGUCGAGCGGGGUGCGUUUGGAGUAACUCUGCGAGCCACGAGAGAGACGAAAUUUACAGGUGAAAUACGGACGACCGUGGCGAUGCCAUUCCGCACAGUGCACCCGUGUGCCCAUUCCUUUUUCCCGAAAGUCACGUUUUCGAAACGCCACGCAGGACUAAAAGAACCUCGUCUCUUUCUCGGUCGUGACGUUCUGUUCCUGGGUAGUUACAGCAUUUUUUUGCAAUCACGCAAUUUUUUUUUUUUUUUUUUACUUUCUUUUUUCUUUUUCUUUUUUGAACGAUGUGGAAGGAGUCAUGUUUUCCUGGAAACUGCCUAGCGGGGUGCGUUCUACAGCACGUGGAUGUUUUUCGAAGCUGCAAUGAAAGAAUUGAUAGUUUAUUUUUUAAGGAAAACUACAUGGGAUCGCGUUCCGAAAUUUGAAUUUUUCCAUUCUGCGUGUGUCCGGGUUUCAUUCCAGUCUUUCUUUAAUUAUUCCUCGCUCGUAUGACCGUGUGUUAAAGAAAGCACUUGGACAACAAUGUGUGCUCAUUUCCUGGAUGGAGUUGGGUCUAUGGAGUGUCCCGUACACGUGAAACUUUUCUAGUUUUAUGUUUUUAUGAAUACUUAGAGGAGACCAAAGCCAGCUGUUUUGAUGAAAUCUUAAAACAAUGUUUAUUUUUAAAAGCUACACUGUUUGCUGUCAUUCACGAAAAAAAGGGCUAUAAUACUCUUUAUUCUUGUAUUCUACCAAAUGCUGAAAUUUGAAAAUCCAGAGUUUACUUGAGUAGUGCAUUAGAGAAAAGAAAUCUCUGGGUUCUGGGUUGUACUUUCAUUGGAUGUAAGCAUAGAAUGAUAUAUAUUGUUGAAACUAUAUUUUAGAAGAGGGUAUUGUGUAAAAAAAAAAAAAAAUAUAUAUAUAUAUAUAUAUAUAUAUAUAUAUACACCCAAACAAACAAACAAAAAAAAAAACCUGACUGUACUGACUGAAUUUACAUAAUUUGAAUGUUUUAAAAAAAUGUUAAUUGUAUAUUUAUGGUAUCUCCACUGGAUAUGCAAAUAUUUGCAAUGGCGGAUAGUGGAUGAUAGCUAUUUAAUAUUUUUCAUUCACACAAGACAUAUAGUUGAAUUGUUUGACUUGGUUGCAGUCCUAAUAUUGUGAAAUUUGCAAAUAAUACCAAUUAUCAUUAUUAUCUAUGUUAAAAAAAAAAAUUGUAAUUGGUUGCUAUUAGUAAAGAAAUGCCUGUUGCUUUUUUAAAAACAAAUAUUUGUAUAUCCAUGGAAGUACUGAAUGAAUAUUUUCAGCGUUAAAAAAUUAUGCAGAUUUUUCCAAGUAUGUGAAUUUAAUUGUUUUUCUAAGCUUACAUUCCUGGUUUGGGGCUUGCUAGAUGCACUUGUUGUACAGAAUCGGUUGCAGAUACCACCGUGACAAAUGCAAUCGGUGUUCAGAGCUUCAGAUACAUGCCCCUCCGUUUAACAUGGGUAUUUAACACAUGUUCUGAGCACUUGGUGAUUGGUCCAGCAUCUAAUGUAAUGACCUUUCCAAAAUGUAAACUGGAGCAGAAUAGCCUGUUGAAACACAUGGAUGUUGACGGUUUCUUAGUGUACAAAUCCAAGGCAGCAUUUCCUUCUAGGUGCGCGGCGAUAAUGUUUCAGAGUUUGUGUUUCACACUUUGAGCUGCCAAUCUGCACAUUGAGGACAGUGAUGAUUAAUUGUUGCCGUUGUUACUUGGUCAUGUGACUGUGUCUAUGUGAUUAUGGAGAAUAUCUGAGUAAUUGUAAUUUUUUGGGCGGGGAUUCCAUUCAAAGUGCAAAGUUUUUACCUUAACUUUUUUUAUUUAUUUAUUUUUUACACGAAAUCCCCAUUUUGUCAUACCUGUAGCCGAAUGAAACAGGAAAAGUGACACAGUUUUAAUUUGCAAGCUAAGGCUAUGGCCCUUGUGCUUUGAUUGAAUCACUGUCUUGCGAUACAUGUACUCAACGCAAGGUGACCACCAAUCCAAAAGUAGUGUUUGACUGUUUGUAUUACCCUGUCUGUGAACCCGCGCUGACACUGGUUACAGAUGCACAUCCAAAGAAAUGUUUUGAUCUUUAUUAAUCUUCAGCUGAAAUGAUGUCAUUGCCUACGAAGCAGCACUUACAGAAUUGUAGACAGUUUUGGCACUUCUGGUCAUGUGACCAUCCAGUCUUUUUUUUUUUUUUUUUUUCCCCCCCCCUCAUCUUGCUCCUCUCACCUUAUCUGGAGUAUAAACAUGGCCAUACUGAGAGGAACCAGUGAUUCAUCGUAUUGCACUUUACUCAUCAAAUCAACUCCAUCGGAUCUUUAAAGAAAGAGGAGUUGCCCUGGAGAGAUUUCAGUCCAGGAUUUGACCAUCCCAGUUGGAAUCGUUGUAUGCCGUUAAUACAACCAUCAUAUGAAUGCUAGCAGUAGUCCAGUUUAAUUUAACCACACUUCGCUCCAUGCAUUUUGAAGCCUGUACACUCGAAAAUGUCAAUUUUGUUCUUAUCAUAAAAGUACAGAUGCAAGAGGAGCUGGGUUUGCUCCAACGCUGAAUAUCCUGUCCAUCGUAUAAGGUGGAAGCAUCCGUUAUUAACCUAAUGAUCAUUUCAUUCUUGCACCAGCAAACUGUAAAAUAAAGAACGGAAGGUUAAAAGAAAAUCAAUUUCUAAAUCUGAUAUUUCUAAAGAGAUUCUUGGAGUGUUCAUUGACAGUGUUUUAAAAUGACAACUAAAUGGUUACUGGUGUAAGAAUUCUCUCUUAUAUCCUGAUCGCGUUCUGUUUAACUUGUUGGGAGUUUAGGGCAAAUUCUUACUGUAAAUUGCAAAUGUGUUUUUCUUAUGAGACUUUGCUGUUCUUAAAUGUUAAGUUUACAAGCACACUAGUAUUCUGAUGUUAACCGACAUAUUCAAGUACUCCACGACGCAAGACAUGCGAACACCAUAUUUAAAUAACCUUAGCUGGAAUAACCAGGUAUCCUGGUUAAUGACUAACCUGUGUAGGACAUUGUUCAAUUCAUCAGAAUAAGGGGUUAUGUAAACCCCCUAAUCGAGAUAAUACCUUCCUGGAAAUGCUCUCGUCUUGAAUGUUUCGUUUUAAAAUGUUUAUGAAAGCGUUGUUGAAAAUAUUGAUGAUACCAGUUAUUUGAAGCAAGUUAUUUUAAGUGCAAAAAAUGGCACGGUGUAGCACAAAAGCAAAAGUCUUGCGAGUGUGAAGUUUGGUUCUACUUACUGUCAAGUAUGAAGAAAUACUAGUCGCCGUAAUAUUUCAUGGUGUUUGUAAACGGCUCAUUCAGAAUAUGACCCACCAGGGGAAGGACCAUCUGGAAUACUGUAUGCAUGUAAACAUUGCCCGUUUCGUAAAUAAAUUGAUUUGCAAGAAAAACUUUAAUGCUACAACAGCCCGAAAAUAUAUCUGUUGUUAAGUACCAAGGCCCUGUUAGCAAAGAAAUGUAAAAGUUUCCUAACGGCAUCAGACCAAAUCGAAAUCAGGUCUUGCAGAUAUUUAUUUUUUAUUUAUUUAUUUUUUGUUAUUUUGCAGACCCUCGUGUGAUUUUGACGAAGGAGGCUUAGGAUCAGGUUGGAUCCACACAAAAACUUCAAAUGGUUAAAAAGGUUAAAGCAGCACCUAAAGAUAGAUGAAAGCAGUAGGGUCAUAUACUAAAGCCAAGUUGAUGUCUGGACUCAAAGCCAUAACAUCAUGUGUAUAUAACAAAAAUAUUUUAAUAAUCAUUUUUAAAAAAGAAAACAUUUAUUGAAAUGGCUGCACUUUUAAAACUGCUCCUGUCAUUUUGGGCAUUGUGAACUGCCGUGUCCAUUCAUAUCAAGUAACAUUGUGCUCACCUUCAGGAUGUUUUCCCACCUUCUAAUGAGGUGCCAGAGAAUCUCAGGCUGUUCAUGUGUGUUAACAUAAGGCUUUUCACACACGCGCACACACACACACACACACACAUUAAUGUGCCCUUGGCCCCGAUUGGCCGAAAUAUACCACAUGGCAAAUGUAACUGAGUCAGAGGAGACUGCAUUUAUGGUGAAGAGAAAACAGUGACAUGCCAUAUUUGAGCCACUGAAAAGUAGUCUUACAUUUUUAUUUAUGUUCCACGUAUGCGGUUAUCUCUGCAGGCCUUCUUGUUAAAUGUACGUUUUUCCCCCACAUUAUUGGAGAGUUGCAGAAAAAAGAAAUCUCAUAAUCCGACUAUUAUCAGAUGUGAUAUAUACUUUUACUUUUCAUGGAUCCCAAGACCAUUGAAAUACACAAGGCCAUUGGAGGAUAAUGAUAAAUCUGCAUUUUCAAGGUGAUGAUGACCUGUCAGUAGCAUUGCUUUUAUCUGACGUGCAUGUCCUGCAAAGUAUGUAAAGCGUCUGUUCACUGCUGAGCAGUCACCCGUAACUCGAUCAUUGAUUGGUUGUGGAGCUUGAUUGGUUGAGUUCAAAACGAUUGAGGUUUUUCACACCGAAGUCCUUUGUUCAUAUGCAGGUACGGUUGCUUAAAUGCUGUUGAGGGGCAACAAAUUGAAAUGGGAAAAAUUAUGUUUUUAUUUUUAAUUUAAUUUUUUUUAAAGGUAGGGCCCUUACUAUGGAAGAUAGCUUUGGUGUCACAUGACCUACGAUAGCGAGCCUGCUCACUGUGACCUUUAAAUUUAAAAUUAUUCUAGCCAUUCACAAAUGAAAUCUGAAUUCAGAAAUCCUGUAAUCCUUAAACUUAAAUGUUUAUAUGUAUGCUCGUGAAGUUGCUUUAUUUUUCUCUCUGAUAAAAGCCUUGCUUUGACACACGAUGCAUUGUUACCGCUGUUGUGCUUUGUGUAACAGGAGCAUGUGACUCUUUCUGUUCCAGAGUUUGUAAAAUGUCCUUUUUUUAGCACCUGAUCUUUGAUGUAAGUACUGUAAGUGUAUUUUACAUAGUUAUUUAUAAAAUCCCUUCUCUAGUAGGAAUGAGUAAAGAUCUAUUUUUAGCCUAUAAUUAGGCAGCCCUUCCUCAUGCCUCGGAGGUCAGAUAAUUAACAUUUGACACUUGCCAUUAAAUACUGGGUCUGAGAUUGUGGCUUUGAACGGUGUACUGUAUAAUUUAUUUCAAGGGAAAAGCUUCAGGAGUUUUUUUUGAAGUACACUAAAACAAAGCUAUUGUGAGUAAGACUAAGAUGCAUGUUGUACAGUACAGCCAAUAUUGGGAGGAGAACAAGUAUAGAUUUAUCUCUAGUUCUGGUUCUUAACCCCUGGAUUUAAAAACGAGUAGCCCUUCAAAUCAGCAUUUUUCACUGUAAUAUUGCUGCAAACUCUCCUCUGUCCUCUACCCCCUUUAUAAGCAGGUGACACUUCUUUAAUGGCAAGCAUUACUGUGUCCUCCUGUUUUCCAUUAUUUACAUGCGCUCUGUUCUCUGUAAUAGGCCCGAGCAGUGUUUUAACUGUAAAAGGAGUCUGGAACGGGAUGUCACGUCAUUAUACCGUAUUAACAGUUGACUGUUGUUGCUGCUUAAAGGUUAGCAGGUAUUGCAGGCAAGCCAGGAACCCCGUAUCCCAAUUGGCGUCAAUGCAAUUUGGUCCUUUCAGCACUAGUGGCUGCUUUCUGUAAAUACAGUACAAUCAAUUGUCAGGUUAUACUGAAGCCCUUUUCAAGACUGUUAAAAUACUUAUAUCACUAUUGUAAGCCGCCAUUCAAAAGAUGAAACCAAAGCCUUAAUGAUUGGAGAAUAAUAUUUUGUUGAUGUUUGAUUGUUUUUUUUGUCCUUGGGUGGAAAAAAGUGACGUUUUUCUUCAUAUAUUUUUUAAAUGUAUAAUUGUCCACUCACUCAACUUAUUAGAGUAUUUUAAUUACAUAAAAGGCCACAAUUCAAAAGGAGUUGAGGACAGUAAACUAAGUAUUGUCCACACAAGUAAAGUUAUGAUGUUGGCAUUUUUCAAAAAUACUGUUUGAAAGAAUCGGAAUUAAAAAUGUGUACAUUUAUUUUUAAUAUAUGCAAAAUUUUAAAAACUCUGUAGUGGUUUAAUUGUAAACACAGGAAUUUGACUUCUACCUAAAGUUAGAUGGAGGGUUGCUGUGUUAAAAAUGGUAGAUGAAAAUCUUUUUUUUAUGUUAAAUAAUUUAGACUUUAAUGACCCUGCACAACUAGUAAGACCACACUGAAACACUUCUGUUGACAGACCAUUGUACAUGAACAGCUGGACAAAAGUGGCCUCAAAAAAAAAAAAUUUUAAAAACUGUUCACUGUUCUUCAAGGUGGCAAGAUUGGUCAUACAAUUAUGGUUUGUUAUACAGAUCUAUCCUUGGGUCUCCCAAUUUGUAUUCCAGUGUCUGUUUUGGUUUUAGACAGAAUGAAUUAUAAUUGUAAACAUAUAGCUUACUCAUGUAAAUGAACCAUAUCAAUAUUUAAGGUCCUGAUCACAUGACAGUUGCUAUGUUUUUUAAUCUUUUUUUUGGGUGGGGGGGGGAUCUUGGCUCAUUGAAUUAUUACAUGCUAAAUUACAUUUUCACGGUCUCUACAUUCAGUAGCAAAUACCACAGCAAUGGUAAACGACUCUAAUGGAGGACUUGUAGAAGCACCAUUGUAUAGAUCACCAGCUAAGAUUUUUGGAAACAAGAAAAUACACUUAAAUUUGUUUGUUUAAAAGCUUUCCUUCCUACACAGAGAGCUUGUGUUGAUACUAACUUUGAUUGUUUGUGGUCUAACAGCCAGCACAACGUGUUGUUUCAGCAUGUAAGUCUUGUAUAUACUGAUGCGGUAUUUUCCCUGUGUACUGUUGAGCACAUUAGCAGUAGAAUAACGUAGAGUGAAGCUUAUCAUUAUGGACCCGGGCCAAAUCUAAAUGGACGCUUUAUAUGAUUUUUAUUUGUAUUUGUUUUUUAUUUUUAGACUGGCCUCAUUCACCAAACACUGGAUUUGCUUUCUAACAUUCCAUUAUAGUCACCGGAGGUGGAAUGCAUAAUGAAUCAUUCUUUUGGGAUAUCACACAUUUGAAAUUUCAAUUAGUUUAUGUCUAUUAUUACACAGAAGGCUUUGGUCAGACACCUCAUGUCAAAAUAACUGAAUUAUGAGCUAUAGUAUCUGUUUUUUCUUUUUGUAAGUACAUGCAUAUUCUUCACACAAAACGCGCUGAAUCUAAGGAGACUGACUGAUUUUUUCUUCUUCUUCUUAGGCUUUAUAUUAUGUAAUAGAAUCUAUAUUGUAUGGCUUUGUAUAUUAAGAAUGUAUUUUUUCUGUGUGUGGAGAAACUUGAUGUAAACGUCUGUGCAAAUAUGUCCAAUAAUUCUGGCUUCAAUGAGUAAAAUGACAGUUUGAUUAAACAUUAUUUUCUGUUG